GUUGUGCUCCUUUCCUCUCAAAGCUUCGCCUCCGUUUUUCGAGGCAUCCGGUCCCUACCCUCUGUCGCUCUUUUCUCUUCCACUCUUUUUUUCGCGCUAUCGACGAUUUUAUUGUCGCUGACUGUCACCGAUAAUGUCCAGCAACGGCCUGUAUUCGACCCCACCAAUCGGCAGCAGGCCGCCUUUUGCCACCGAUGACGACCACCUCUAUGACGAGAAGACUGGAGAAUCUACUCGUCGUCUGAAGCAGCCUUCACCCACAGAUCCGAAUGCGAGGACCUCAGCAUACAACACGUACGACUCCUAUUUGGACGAGUCCAGGCGCGACUCUGGUGCAGGUGCGCUCGGUGCGGGUAUGAUGAACGACAUGGACGACGACGACGACGACGACAAUCCGUUCGACGACCGUCAUCGCUCGAUGUUGCCUCCACCCUCGCCCCGGCAGCAGCAGAAACCGAUACCCCUCGCCGCACCCAAGCCUGGUUACGCGGCACCCGUCUCUGCUCUGAGUAUCAAUCCACCCAGUCCGGCGGCUUCUCCAGUCGGCCGCCUGCCCUCUCCAAGCCACCCGCGACCGUUAAUGCUCGUCAACAGCUUGAACAGUCCCAAGUCGCCCCGCCUGCCCUCGCCUGGGGGCAUGGUUCCUGCGUCGCCCCACCCACUCCCUCCGACGAUCACACCCAUCCAACCGGUCUUUGCCCGUCCGUCCAAGUCGGCGGACGAGCGCGACAUCAAGUUCGCCAACCAGGCCAUCCUGCGUGGUGAAAAGGAAGGGGGUGUAUUGCCCAAACGUGGAGAAAACGGUGAUGAUUUCUGGCGGCGCUUUAGCAUGGUCGUCAAGGCGGAGAGUAGCCUACCAGCUGCACAGAAAGAGAGUCUUUGGUUGCGGAAGACCCAGAACGGUACGACGCGCCUUACGCGAUGGGUCUGGGUUAUUGGUCUCUUGCUUCUUGUCUGCGUUGCAGGUGGUAUCGGCAUCGGUAUGUACAUCAACAGCAAGAACACGACUCCCGAUGCGCCAAAGGCUAUCGGAGGUAGCGCCAACGAAAAGCUCCAAACCACGAGUUCGUCUGCAGCUUCAGCUCCUGUGGGUGCCACCACAACCUCCUUCCAUGUCUCGCCCACAUUCACGGUCGCACGCCGUGACGACGCGCCACUCCCGACGGACGUACCGCUGUCGUUCGUCCAUAUACCGAAGCAGCCGUCAAGCUUGUCUGAUGAUCACCUCGUGCGCGCCGUGCCGCCGUCACGGCAUCGUCGCGCGCAUCUGAACCGUACAAAUGAUACCUAAAGCUUUUCAGUCCAGCCUAGUCCCGUCUCGUGCUCGACUCCAAUGACAUUCAUGUGGACUGCACCACACACCUAUUCUGCCUGUCCUUGCUCUCCGUGAAUACCCCUCACCCUUCCUGUGCUUCAUCAUAGUGGGAUACUCUUUGCUUACCCAUUUUUUGACCACUGUAUACCAUCUUCCACCCAACGCCCUGCGCAUGGAUGCUUACAUAUCUUCGGACCUACUACCUUGACGUCGUGUAUAUAUACACCUACACACUAGUCUCGUACUUACGCGUGGACUUCACUUACGGCGAUAUCUUAUUCUAUACCACCUAGACGAAACCAUGGUGUUAGCUGAAUAUCUUCCCGUUGGUGUCGAGACGUCGGUCCGCAUGUAAUCAUG